AGUAUAUAUAUAUUAAUUUUAUGCUAUCACUAAUAAGUAUUAAAUUAUUAUAAAUGAUUUACACCUGAAUAAAGUGAUUAAAUUAUUUACGCUUUAAUCGAUCAUAUUCAUUGCCACUAGAAAAUUCACCAUCGACAAACAUUUAUUAUUCCUUUCAGUAUCUUUAAAAUGUUAACUGAUUAUGAUGAAAUAAUUUUGUCGAACCUGACAUCAUAAUAAUAUUUUUCAUAGAUUAUCACGUACCGUAAGAAGUUUUGUACUACACUAUUUGCAGUGUUAUCUUCAGAACGAACAAUCAUAAAAUGAUUGAUCAAUUAGCUUAUUAGCAUACUCACGAAGGAAAUUUUCAUAUAAUUUUAUUUUUUCGGAUUAUUUUGUAUUUUAUUAGUUAUGAUAUAAGGGGAGAAUAUAUAUAUAUAUAUAUAUAUAUAUAUAUAUAUAUAUAUAUAUAUAUAUAUGCUGCCCCUUUAUAUAACUAAGGAUAGAAUGAACAUUAAAAAAAAAUUAAGCCAUGUAAAAAUUUAUUUUGUGCCUCGUAAUAUUUUAGCCUGUAAAUUAUUUUAUUAUUGUUCUGUUCAUGAAUAAAAAUUGUAAUGAUGACAGGUGCGACAAUAUAUAUUGACCGGAAUAAAAAUAAAAAAGCCGACAAAUCGAGCUUGUGUUGACAAGCUCUUCAAGAGAACGAUAAAUUUGAAUAAAACUCUUUGCAGCUUGUGAAAAUCUUGUAGCUUUCUGAAUAAUGAACAAAAAUAUUGAACAAAGUUUUAUUAUGAAGUACUUAAAGCGAUGACAUCAUGUGCUAAGAAAAAAUUACUCUAACAAAAUUAGUAGUCUUAAUAUACUUUUUCACGAUACCAGCAUCGACACUUAAAGUUUUAGCGUCUCUACAGCUAGUCGAAACAAGUUAAUUUCAAGCCGAUGCUGGAAACAACUGCUAGCGAAUUCGUAAUCCACAAUUGUUUCUGCCCGGUGUUCAUUUGCAGCCUUAUUAUUCUCAUUUUUUUACUUGUCAUUUCAGUUUAGUCGUUUUAUUUUUUAAGUGACAGCUUUAAUUAACUAAAUAAAAUUACUAAAAUAUAAGUAAAAAUAAUAUUUUUGUUUUAUUUACUAUCUAAUAAGCGACUGUAAAUCACAGACUUGUCAUUUUCUAACAGUUCUACGCAUCAUCGGCUAGAAAUUAACUUCUUUCUUACUGGCUGCUGACACUGAAUCUUGAAGUUCAGAUGACGGUAAUCAUGAAACAUAUGGUAUGUGAUUCAGGAUGAAACACGAUUUCAGACUGCGGGUGAUGUCAGCCCUUGCCUGCGGCUCGGGCAGCCAACCUCACCCGAGUCUGAAAUCGCCUUGUUAUCCUUUUUCACACAGUAUACUAUUGAAAGCUUGUUAGGCUUAUGUAGAAAAUUUCACGAUUGCGGACAUUCCUAGUACAAGUAUCGCAUAAUUUCAUAUAAAUUGCUCCAUAAAAAAAAUAUGGGUACUAGGAGUUACUUCCAGGCAGAAAUUUUCAAUUUCAAAAUUACGUGGUAGUGAUAGUCGCUUAAUUGAGACUUAACAGAGACGCUUAACAGAUACUCUCAUUCUAAGCGGAAAUAGAUCUGUUGACAAGUUAUUGUUUGUAUUGACUGCAUAGUGUUCCGAGUGGAAUUUCAAUGUGGCAUACCAAAAUUCCAAUUCAGGAUGAAUGAGGCAUUCUGAAAUACUGCAAACUGAAUUCGUUCCAAGCUCCGUCUUUAUAAGGAAAACCGAAACUCGACAUACCAAAACAUUCCCAAGCUUGGUUGUUAUUAGAAAAGUUAUCGGCAGGGCAUAAGUUCAGUGUAUCUUUGGAAUUUUUGGUUGGUACCGAGUAAUAUUUCAAUAGCAUAACUAAACUUGGGUGCCACAAUCGGCGGUGCAGGGUAGUUGUUAAAGCCUCGGUCUUUCGCGCGUAAGGUCCCGGGUUCGAAUCCCACAACAGUGGUCCUUGAUAAGUUUCACGUUUUUCCUUGAAUUAAAAACUUCUAAUGCAAUCGGAAAUUUAAUUAUUAGCACAUUUGAUGAUGACUGCCCCACAAAAAUAAUUUUAAAUGAUAAAAAAAAAAUUAGUGUUUGUGUUUUUAAUUUAGCUUAACAAAAUUGUGUGAUCAUUACAGUCAUACAUGACCAAUUUGCCAGAGACAAAAGUGCCAAUUUCUAUGUAAAAUCAUUUUUCACAAAUAGAUUUUGGCUUUUUCGGAGUGAGUUUGGUUUUCGAAUUCAUGCCGAACUCGGCUUUCCAAAGUAUGCAGAGUUUCGGACGUGCGUUAUUUCUGUGAUACGAGACUUAUACGGUUGUCUCAUUUAGCGCGAACUCGGAAUUGGACAUGCCUGAUUCGGAACUUAUGAAAAACAAACUGAAAUUUUUAGUCAAGGUACUAUUGUAAAUUUCAUUUCCUAAGUACUUUAUACCUGCGUAAACGUCUAUGAUAUUCGUUCAAUUUUCUAAAAAUCAUCGUGACGCAGCAUGAAUUACUGAUCUAUUUAAAUUGCACACCUAAAAAUAACAUUUUAACUCUUUAUUUCCGAAACAAUUUUUACUACGUCGUGUCUAUGUUUGCUAAUCGUAGAGCAGCUAGUUAUCAACGCAGUCCCUUAUCUAUUUAUCCUGACCGAGCGCUGGUGACAAAUAAUUGAAUCAAACAACAAAUUUGCUAGCUUAUUAUUUCAUUCCGCUUGAGCUCAUGUCAUCAUUGUCUCGAAGCAUUUUACAUUUAAUGCGAAUUCUGCAUUCCGUCAAAACUAAUAUUUAGCACAAUCUCAAACUCAUGUCCUAAUAAGUCUUUCGAAACAAACGGUCUAAUUUAGUAUUUCACAAAUAAACUAUAGAUCGAUAUAUGGGUUAGUUGUAUUGUUAUUAUUCUCCAUUGUACUUUUCACGGUACAGGCAAACGGGAAAAAAACAGUUUAUUCCGACAAAGCAUUUUCAUUACUUCAUCAUUAAUGGAACGGUAAUGAAAACGUACGUGACCAACAUCCAAUACAGAGAAUUACAUGGUAUGUUUACUGAUUAAAGCCAAACCUAUUCCAAGAACUGCGUAGGGCGAUUGAAACUGUAGAGGAAAUAUUGCUGUCUCCCUCGCUCGCGAUAACGAAUAUUCUCGGCUAUAAAUGAAGCUUGACCGCUAAAGGGCUCGAUUAUUCAACGCUCAACUUGCGAGCGUAAGGGCGUGUAUACGGAAGUUCAAUAUUAGCUGCAUUACAUCCUGAUUUUAUUCAUGUAAAUCUAAAAAUAUUUGAUUUUUUCAACUGUGAAUUCAUUAAUAUUGGAACGACAGAAACAUAUUGAAGAUUUCAAGGUAAGAUUUGAUUCCUAGUUUAGUACAAUAUCAUUAAUGAUUCCCCAUCCAUUAGAAUUCAGGCCUCUCAAGGGCAACGGAUAUAGUGAUAAUAAAAGUACGUUGCUGAUUAUGACAUCAUCUAUUUGAGUCGAUAACUGGCGCGAAAUAUGUGAUUUUAGUUUUGUUUCUUUUCGUUUCAGAUGAAGUGCACUGAAACAUUUAAGUAUCAUGUGGUACAAUUUUUGGAAUUACCUUACAAAGGUAUUGAUGAGUAUGUAUGCGUUCCGUCGACGUGGAUAGUGUUACGAAGAAAAAUAGAUCAAAAAGUAAUUGUAGCAUAUCCUGUUGAAAAUCCAUCGGAUACAGCAAAGCGUGUUAAAAGGAGGCAAAAACGUUCAGACGAUUGGAAAUUAUAUCUGUCUGUUGUGAAAUAUAGCACUGAUGUGUACGAAGACGCGGAAAUUUUCAUCAACGAAAAGGUGAAUGAUGUGUAUUAUGAAUACAAAAGUUCGAAUAUGAAGAAUAAAGAUCGAGAAUUAACAGCACCAGUGGAGAAAAAAACACGAAGACCCACACGAAACUCGAAGUUGAAUCAUGAGAUUGACAAACCUGUAGAUUUAGUUGUAACCUCGAUGAAUGAUGACAAAUCGGAAACAAAACGACCGAAGCGAACGGCACUGCCCACUUCAGACACAGAACCUGCGUUGAAACGGUCAAAAGUAGUUAAGCUAACUGAAUCUGUUAGCAACGGCGCAGAACAGCCGAGUCAAGCAUUCGGAUGCUUGAGUGAACAUCAACCUUCACCAACUCGAGAGGAUUUUCCGAUGCAAAAUUCGUGUUCAUCCGAAAUAUCUAUGGAAGAAUCUGACGACAGAAGUUCUGUUGAAGAUAUAGAGCACGUUGAAAACAGUGACCAGGAGCGACCAUCUGUUAUUCAGAACUUUCCGAAUUUAACAAAUUCAUUGUCGAAUACUAAACUACUAAUUGACUCCACAUUUUUGACGGAACUCUUCACAGUCAUACGAAACCAACAUAAAAUGUUUGCUAACUCACUCUUAGUGGUAGAUAACUUACGGAGAGUGAUAGUAAAUAAUGCAGAAGCACUGAGAGAUGUAAAACAGUUAAUCGCUGAUAGCCGUAGUUCAAACAGCGAUAAUCCGACCACAUCUCUAUCAACAAACACUACAGUGGAAAUUGAGAAGAUAUCCGAAAAGAACCAAAGUAAACAACAGCAACAGCAAGAAGAAUACGAGAAUCAUCUUGAUGUUAAUAUGAAUGAAGUUCCUAAGAAAAGACGUUCUCAGAAGCGCAAAUUCGUUUUACCUCGAGAUUACGAUAAAAAUGACUCAAGAUGGACCUUAAAGCAUCGUCGAUUGGUUCCGGGAGUUGUCGAACUCAUGCCCCAUACCAACGUCUACAUCAAUUUUGUAGCGCUGAGUAAUUGCAAAAGAUUGGCAAAGGAUUGCAAAUCAUUGGCUCGAAUGUUGUUGGUCGAAAUUUUCACUAAAAGUGCAUUGUCCGUAUGUUCAUUAACCGGGUCAAGAGCUAGAGCUUACGAUAUCGUCGGCGCAACUGUCAGACCAGGAUUAGAUGAAAAUGCAAGAACAGUAUUGCUGUCAUACGUUGAAGAGUACGGCCGUGCAAAAGAUUGGAUAACUGUAGAUACUUCAUCGAUUCAAAACAGUCUACGUAAUAAAAUGCAGGAGUUCAGAUUCAAAUACGGAUAGUUACUUUUUUAUAACACGCAGUUACUAUUUGUAGUAUCUAUACAAUUACAGGUAUUAGUUUUAAGUGUACUUAUUUACGAAGAACUAGUUUGUAUCAUUAAACUAUUAUUUCUAGUCUUGUCAUAUAUAUUUACCCGCAUGAAUUCUAUGAAUAUAAUUAAUACGUUCUGAUUUCAAUUUUCCUCUUUACAUCUGCCUUUUCUGAAACCACUAUAUCCUGUUUGUGGUUAAUUAAAUAAAAUGAUAUCAUCAUACUUCUUUGAAUUCAAAAAUCCCCGAAUCCCGACCAAGUACAAAUUAAUAUUCACAAAUCCAUUGUUCGAGUUAAAAAUAUUGUAUUCCUCAUCACUUAAACUGAGGUCACUGCUCCAUUCAUCCGCUUCAUUUCCAUUACGUCAUACUCAACAAUAGAUAAUGUAUCCUCCCAUAUGAAGAUUAACUGCUAUAAAUUCAUACAGAAUAGAAAAUGAGAUUAUCUACCUUAUGAUACCUGAGUGAUGGACAAUUGUGUCAAGUCUCCUAUAUGAAUAACUAUUUCGUCAUUAUACGCAGUUGUUAUUAUUGUGUAAAGAUUUACGUGUCUUGUACUUUUUUUUAUUAUCUUAGAAUUAAGUGAAUAAUUAAAUCAAAAUUUUUCCUCCUAUUGUUGCUAUGUUUGUGUUUCAUUUACUGCUCCAGUCAAUAAACUAUUUCUCAUUAUUUGUAUUACAUUUUCCUGUUCCAAUUACAUUACCACGUUUGUGGUAAAUUCGAUUAUUCGAUCGUUCUCAUAUUGCGUUGAAUCCAAAAAUCCCCGACCCACGUUAUGAUUUUCGAUUGGCGACUACAGUACACGGAAAAAAAUGUUGGUUGAAAACCUACUAAUUUUUAUUAUGCUGUCGAUCAAACGUGAAACAGGAAGUGAAUCAUCAAAAAAUUCAUUAUGCUCUUAUAAAAAAUUAUUAUGCUCUAAUAUAAAAUUUUCAAAGAUUGCGAAAUAUAUGUGUGAUACCACAUUUGAAAGGUGGAAAAAUAUAGAGUAGAUUGUACCGAAAAAAAUAAGUAUAAAAAAUUUUAAUAAAUACAAAAUAAAUAUUAUUUUGAACGACAUAAGGUUAGCUUGUAAUAAUAAUAAUCACAACAAUAAUAGUCAUAAUA